UCCGGAAAAGACUAUAUUUCUUUUUUCUGCCGGCAGGAAGAAAGAAAAAGAUUAGCACAGACUGUCCACAAACUGCCGCGAAUCGUACAUAAGAUCUGCUACUCGCCAAUUUCUUUCUUUUUGUUCUUUUUUUUUCUUUUUUUUCUUUUCUUUUUUUUUUUUUAUUUUAUGUUUGUUCAAAGAGUCUCGUUAGAAUUAGAAAGAAAUGAAUUAUUAAUUUUUCUGCUAAGAGAGAGAGACCAUUUAUGCUUCACAAAUCUAAAAAAAUAAUUCUUUGUUAUUUCUUCGUUCUCUUUUUUUUUUUUUUCUUCACCACUUGGCCCGCACUGUAUGUCGUAAAUAUGGUCGCUAUAUCUUUCCUAAAUCAAGCAAAAAAAUGGCACAAGUUGGGAACCAAUAUUGCAACAAUUAAAAUAAAAUUUAAAAAAAGUUAAAAGUGAAAAAAAACAUAAUAAACAAAAAAAGAAAGAAUAAGAAUACAUUACAAAUACUUUUUAGAUUUAUCUGCCAUAAAGUGAUAUAACAAAGCGAAUCACUGUACGGUUAAUACAGUUUGCAUAUUACAUAUUUUUCAUUUUGGAAGAAACAGAACUGAAGUUAAAGAAUGGAAAAUGGAAACAAAAUGGACCUUGCCCCUUCCAAAUCACGCGAUCGCUCGUAGUGGUUCCGGUUGUGUAUAUCGUAUGCUAGGGUAGAUCCAUUUUAUACGAUUUCGAAAAUCUUAUUAGUCACUGAAAGAAAGAAUGCUCAGCGCCAUCAUCGAUAUGAUCAAACAUUUCAUACGCAGCAAAAUAAAAAUACAAAAAAAAUAUACAUACAUAUAUAUAUAUAUAAGUGAAAUAAGAAAAAAUAAAACAAUAAAAUCGAAAUAUUAAAAUAAAUAAGUUUCUUAUAGUAAUUAUUAUUAAUAGUCGUCAUCGGCGAUAAAUAUAUAGUAUAUAAUAUGUUGUACAGUGUGCGCCAAUUUAUUACGCGUAUGAAUAUCUUCUUCGUGUAAUUAAUAUUAUUAUUAUGACGAUAAAUACUAAUAUAAUUAUUGAUGCUACUGCUAUCAUUAUUGUUCGAAUAGUUAGGUAGAUAGAUAUAAUGCAAAUUCUUUGUUAGAGAAAAAUGAAAGAAACGAAAAACGAUGUUAAUCAAGCUAAUGUUUUCCAUCGAAUGUGUAACGAAAGUUUACAAUGUUGAAGUUUCUAAAAUAUCUUUUUAUCUGUUUACUAUGUUAUUUUUGAAAUCGAAUGCAUAAGCAUAUUGGAUGAAUUUUAAAUGUAGUAAUUUUGAACGUGUCCUUUUAUGCCAUUGCCUUUAAUUUCUUCGUUUUUUUUUUUCUCUCUUUUCAAAUUGAUACGCAGUUGCCUUUUAUAUUUGUAUACGAGAUGAGUGUUUUUUAUUUCGCGUUUUUGUUUCACAUUCAAUAAGGAUUUGCAGAUAAUUGCGAGUGCUUUGUGAUAGAAAGUGAAGGAAUCGAGAAAGAAUAAUAUAAAGAAAGAGAAUUUGGCACGUAUUAAUUCAAUAUAUUGCGUAUACAUCGCCAUUUAUGUGAAUGAAAUUUGUAUGAUAUUGACGAUCUUAGGAAUUUAAAUAUUGGUAUAUAGGGUUUUACACUCUUAUAGGAUACAUGUUUGAACUUUCUUCUUCCAUGUAGUGAUUGUUUUAAUAUGCGAAAAUAUUAUAGUUUCAAUUUAAAAAUUUUAUAAUAAUUUUUUUCUUAUAUAUAUAAAUUUAAUUAAAAAAAAAUGAAUUUUUUGAUUUGAUCUGUUUCGUUUAAAUAUUAUAUGAGUUUUAUGUUUCUUCUUUGAUAUAUUCAUUUAGGUUUAUAUAAAUAUACUUUGAAAAUUGUUAGAAGAUUAAAAUUGAAUAUUAAAACGUCCAAUAUUAUUACAACUCUUUUUUAAUAAUGAAAGGAUAGUUAAGCUUGCCUUGAAUGAAGUCCUUGUUAUAUUUUUACUGAAAUUUUAUCGUACAUCGUUAUUUGCGCUUUGAGUUUUCUUUUUCUUUUUCUAUCCAAAUCCCUUACAUUAUUUAUAAUUUGCUGAAAUAUAUUAUUAUAUUCUUAAAAAGUAAAUAUUGAUAAAUGAUUAGCGUUCCAUAUAUGAUGGAUUUUAAACCAUUAUAAUUUAACUCUUAAUUUAUAUUUUAAAAAGACAUAUCCUUAAUAUAAUUUUUUAUUAGAACAUUUUAAAAUAUUAAUUAUGCUUAUACACACAACAAAAAGUAUAAUUCGUUUAUAAAUUAAUAAUUGAUGUAAUUCGUUAUCUUUUGAAAGUUUCUUAUCUUUUUGAAAGAUUUUUGAGCAAAGAAUAAAAAAAAUUCUGAAUUUGUUAUUAGAUAUUUUAUAGAUUCAUUGUUUGCUCUUCUUAAAACUCUCUGUGCAAUGUAUUUGCUCUUUUUAUGUAUUAUAUUUAUACUUAUCCACAACAUUAAUGAGAAGAAAGUGUAUAGAUAUCUGGAAACAUCGAUUUAUAAAUGCAUUUGAUGGGGUUAAAGAGAAGAGAAAGACAAAGUAACGAAAGUUUUAAAAUAUUAAAUGAUCUUGUUAUUAAGAAGAAAAGAUUAACUGGGCGCUACAGAAGUAUGCAUGGCACAGUGUUGACAAGUAUUUUCUACUGACUGCAACGAAUUUAAAAAAUGCAAAUCUUAUGUAAAAAACCAUAUUCAUAGAUAUUCAAGAUAAAUUAAUUUAACCUAUUUUUAUAUAUAAAAAUAUGUCUAUAUGAAUAAAUAAAUAAAUAUAUACAUAUAUACCAUUAUAAGAUCUAUCGUGUGUGAAUUCACGGAAAUAAAUAAUAAUUGUAAAAAUGCUAAUAUCGAAAUAGAUAUGGUUUUAGUUGUAACUAAAAAAUAAUAGGAAUCAUUGUUAUUUAAUUUGGACUAUGUCCCUUUUUUUGUAGAUGUAAUUGAUAGGCAAUUUUAUCUUUACUCACUCUUUUUCCCCUGCAUUUACGAAAAAAAAAAAAAUAUAAUAAAAAUUAUGAAAUAUUAAUUCAUGCGUUUCUUUUUACUCUCAUUACACUUUACCACUUUUUACAAUCAAACCAGAGAAUUAUGGAAAAAUAGUGAAUGUAAUUAUAUACAACAGAUAUUUAUACAAUGCGCAGAAUAAAAAGAAAACGCGUAAAAGAGAGAAAAAAGUUUUCAGAAAGUUCUUUUAAUAUUGUCAUACUGUGCCAUACAUAUUCACUUCGGUGUACGAUGGUUCAGUAAAAUAUUCGUAUUUAGAUUAAUAAAUAUAAUUAGUAAAUAUUCCAAUUUUGAUUUUUAUAUUUUCAUUAUUCGCGCACUGAUUAUAGAACAAAUGAAAUUAUAUUUAGUAUAUAUAUCAUUUAUAUAUACUAAAUUUGUAUAACAUUCCUAUGACGUAAGUAGUAAGGUUAAAAAAAAAAUAAUAAAAUAGUGAAAUAAUAAUCCAAGAAAAAAGAAGAUUUAAAUCAAUUAUUUAAAUAAUAUUCUCUCCGUUUUUUUUUUUUUUUUUGAUUAAUUUCAAUUAAUUUUAUGUACAAUUUCUUACGAAAUUUUAUAUGUUUAUUUUUGUUAUUGUCACAAUCAACGUGUAUAUAAAUAAUAUCAAUCAAGAGUGUAAAAUCAUAAUCGAAUUGAAGCAGAAACAAUGUUUGAAGAGACUGAAUUAAAAAACACUCGAUUUAUAGAAAAUCGUAAAAUUCAAGUGCAACUUAAGUAAACGAUGCAAUAAUUGCGCCACAUUUCAAACGUGAGAGUAUAUACAUUCAAUGGAUCCAAAUACUCAAUGGAAUAUGCAUGAAAUGAGAACAGAAUAUCAGAUGAGAAUAGUACAUUAGAGAUUUAUCUCAUUAUUAGUUCUUUUAGACUUGCAUAAAUAUUUGAAGCUCAGUAUAUAAGCUCAAAACUAUUGGAAUAAAUGAUAUCUGUAUAGAAAAUAACGUCAUAGCGAAGUAAGUGCUCUUAACAAUGCAUUUGAUAAUUCGUAAUGAUUAAGUUUGAUCAUCUGUAUAUUAUCAAUUUCGUUAUUCCGUUGUUAAAACGCUUCAAACGAAAAGAAUUUCAUUUCUAUCGCCUCCUACAUUUUUUUCCUUAUUACCUUAUUAUAUCGUUACAGAUUUGAUUUCUCAAAACUUUUGAUAUCGAAUUUAUUUGAAUGAUCGAAAUUACAAACACAUGUAUCAAUCAUGUGCAAUUUAUAAACACACGUUUUGUUAUCGUCGAGUAUAUUCAAAAUCGAAGAUCGCGUGAUCAAUUUAAGAUUAAUCAAAAUUCCAAGAUGUUUAGAUCAGUCUCUUGUUUACACUUUAUUUUUUAUCCUUUUUAAAUUUUUUGUUUCUUAAAAUCUUAUUUUUCGAUAUUUCUAGCUUUUUUAAAAAAUUUUUCUUCUAUUAUGUUUCAUUCGUCUUUGAAAGAAUAUAAUCUUCUUUUCAUUCCUUUAUAAAUCAUUCUUUAUUCGGUAUUAUCACGUUUCCUUAUUUAUUUGUUUUUGUAUACGAAUUUAACAAAAAAAGUAAUAUAUCUAUCUUCUUACUUCAUUUCUUAAAAAAGAAAUCUUUAAACGACGAAAUAAUCACGUUCAAGUCAUUGAAUCGACGGAAGAUUUCGAAAGAUGAUUCACACUUUAUCAUCGAUUUUCAGAUAUAUACACGUGUACGUAUAUGUAUAUAUAUACGUAGUGUUUUAUCAUCAAGUAAAGAAAGAACAGUAUCAGACUUUUUUCGCGAAUCAAAAUUUUUGACGAGUAAAUUCUAUUAAUUAUUAUGUCUGUUUCAAUCUUUGGCUCUCUCUCUCUCUCUCUCUCUCUCUCUCUCUCUCUCUCUCUCACUCUUUUCUUUUUAAAAUUUUUUUCUUUUAAUUUUUUCAAAGCUUAAGAAUAAAAGGAAAAAAGCAGAAAAUCCAAGUGCCAAUUUUAGCGAAGCAAGAGUAUAAUGACUAUACUUAUAUACAUAUAUAUUAUAAAAAUAUAUAUAUAUACAAUAUAUUUAGCGUAAUUCCAUGUGCAUUAUUUCUUACGAUAUUAAUACGUGUGAACACUGAUAAGAGAGGAAAAUUUUCAGAAAUAUUUUUCUUUUUAUGUCUAAAGAAGGAACUUAUUAGAAACAUGUAUUAACGAGUUUUAGAAAAAAGUAUCAUUUGUAAAGAAACUGUCUCCCUUUCCUUACUCCUCAUUUCCUCCUUGUUCAUGGAGAAAACGUAUCAUUAUCGAAAUGAUAUAUACUUAGAUAAAUUUUUAAAAAGAGAAUUUUCGUGUCUUAGUUGAGGAAGUUGUGUAAAACGAAAAAAAAGUGAGAUGAUGUGCCGCGCUUUAGAUAAAAUUAAAAUUUAAGUUGUUAGACUUUUCAUUGGUGUUUUAUUGGUGUCGACUUUUUUAUAUUUUUUUUCACGGUCCCCCUUUCUCUUUCUAAAUGUUAUCGUUAAUCAUCUAAUAAUCGUAAAGCGUCGCUGAGUUCUAUCAAUUUGUCGACGCUUUGGACAUUCUUCGAAACGAGAUUUCUUCGAUCAUUCUUUUCGCAAAGUCUUUCGCUUCAAACUUGUUGUUAGUGUUCCUAUUGGUAGAAAAUUCCUCGUUAUAACGCUUGAGCAAAAUUGACAAACUUUUCAAUCUGUGAAUGUGUUUCUAAAAAUUCUCACUUUUGUUAAAAAUAAAUUAAAUUUAUUUUCUGUCAAAUGCUAGUUAAGAUGUACUGUAAAAUGAAUAUAAUAAAAAUCUCUUAUUAAAAAUAGAUGAAAUUAUAAUAAAAAUAUUUGCACAAUUUCUCUAAAGUUUAAAAAAAAAUAUUUAAUAGGACAAAGAUUAAAAAGCUUAAACAUUCAUAUAUAAAAAUAUAUUCUUAAUAAUUGACUACUUUUUCAGAUUUUUUUUUUAAUUAUUUAUUGUCAUCAUAGUUUUUUCCCGGUAAUCCUGAUAAUUUCGAUAAUCAAAUCUUCAAAUUAUUACAAAAGUAACAAUAGAUUAUUUUAAUUUUAUUGUCCAUCCCUGUCUCCACUGCCUCUUUCGGCCGUCCUGACAUAACAGAAAAAUUUCUCGUUAUAUAAUAUUGCAUGAAUAUAGUUCCAUCACGUGGCUAAGCGAGGAGAACGAUUUAAGAAAAAAAAUCAAAAUGAUUUGUAGGAUACAAUCUUUAUAAACAUGAGAAACAAAUUAAAAAAAAUUCUCUUAUAUAGGUUAUAUAAUAUACAAAAUUUUAUCUUGUGAUUUGUUAAUCAUAUUUUUCGACGUGUGUUCUGAAAAUAUUUUAAAUCAUCGAAUAAAAUAUUAAAUGUAAUAGAUUUUUAUCAAAGACCAUUGAAAAUUUAGAUCAAUAUUUAAUUCAAAUUUUUUAUUUCGACACUUCAAUCGAAAGUAAAUUUGUUUCCUUUUAUUUAUUUAUUUUUGGAAAAAAAAUUAAGUUUUUUUUAACGAAUUUUGACACAAUCAUUUAAACUAUUCAUCAAUAGAAUUGUUCAUUACAAUAUUUUAAUAUUUUAAAUCAUAUGCUAAAAAUCAUGCAAUAUAUUAGAUUAAAUUUAAAUCACUGAUAUCAAUGAAAUAAAGAUAAAUAUUUUUGUUAGAUGAUAUGUUAUAACAUGAAAUAAUAGAGCUUUUGCAAUACUUUUAAUUAUUAGAAUAUAAAAAUUUAUAAUUUAGUUACAAUCGUAGAUAUAGUUGUUUAUCUUAACAUUUUUUUUAAAUUUUAUUUUAUAUAUUUUGUUUUAUUUUCAAGUAUUUGAUUUAAUCUUAAAUAAUAAUCAAUUAAUUAAUAUGAUUUAAUAUCAACAAACUUAUUACUAAAAAUUGCAAUUAUAAAAAGGAAAUAUCUAAUAUUACUGGUUAUCUGAUUAUACAAAAUCCGGUUUUUAAUUACACUAUCCAUCAUUUUAUGAUCGUUAUAACACAUGUAUAAAAAGAUCUCAUGUCUUGACAAAACAGUAUGUUCUGGUAUACCAAUCUUAUAAUAAACUUUCCAAUUUCAUUUACGAUUUUCAUAAAAUAUCUAAGCAAAGAAAAUUACGCUUUCGAAUAAAGGAAGUUUCAUUUCCGUUUGUUUUUAACGAAUCAAUCAAUUAAGUUGGAAAAUAUGCGAUACGUAAAAUCAUAUCAAUCCAAAUGAAGUGCAUUAAGUAGUUAAUUAAACGAUGUAUAGAUCGCGUGACUAGUUCGGUACUGCAUUUCGUACAUGCGCAAGUCAUAAUUGCCAACAAAAACUAAUUUCCAAUCGUGUUCUUUCUUUUUCGCGUGACACAUAAUGUGUGAAUGUACUAAUAUUUCCACUUCAUUGCAAUAUGAUAUUGGAGUUUCUCGUCGAAAUGCAAUUUCGAAUUCUUACGGUGAAUGCUUUCAAAGAUAUUACCAACAACGAAGAAAUUUUCCAAUGUUUCUUAUGAGAGAAGAAUGCUUCAAAUUAGAUUCAUUUAUUGUUGCAACAUAAAUCGUUUGUCGUAUGUGAUAAGAUAUAGAGGGAAGGGAAGAGAAAGGAUAAUCGUGACAACAAGUUAUUGGAUAACAAAACGGGCAUAAUUUAGGCCUGGAAAUAUUGCUAUGGUCAUUUUCUUCCUUGCUUAUUAUGGUAGAUCUUUAUUGACGAAUGAGUUACCUGACGAGCGAUAUAACAUUUGUUUAUCGCAUAGUACUAUAUUUUUUGACUGUGAUGUUAGAAUCUUUGUAAUAACAUAGAUUGCAUAAAGAUUUCGUUCGAUAGAGAUUCGAUGAAGAAAUAUCUCAUCAAUUGGAAACCUAUAUUUGCAAUAUGAUAGAAUGGGAUCCCGUGAUCACUUUUUUUUCCUUUCGUUGAUUCCAUGUUGUCUGACACGAUUAAUCGAAAUGUUAACUUCUUCGACACAAUGACGUAAACGCGCGAAUUGUUCGUUCGUCAUUGUUUUUACAUUAAGCGAUACGAUACUACGCUUUUACGAUUCGCAUAAUAAAUAUAUACAUUUCACAAUCGUAAGAAAUGUUUAUAAUUUGAGUAUUAUCGAUAAGGAAAGAUCUUUCAAAUCUUUCCACGUACAUCGAAAUUAAUCGUAAAUAUUAUCGCUAUCGUAUCAAAAAAUUUGAGUUUUAGUUAAUUAUAAUGAUCGUCCGACGAGCUAACGUUUCGAUAUAUGUAAAUUGAUUUUUGCAAAUAUACAAUACGAAGGGUACAUAUUGUUGCAUAACCUAUCAUAGAAUUUGGGUUAACAUGUAUGUAUGCAUGUAUCUGUAGCAAAAAAAAUAACGUUUAAACAUUCGAGAGGUUAAGACAUGAAGAAGUUGUAAUUUUUUGUAUAUACAUAACAUUCAUUAAUCUUGAUGAUCUAAGCAUGUGACAUCAUUUUGUACAGGAAUAGCCUUAGAAAUAUACAUAGAUAUUGGGUAAUUUUAAACUUUGCUCGAACACAUCAUAAUGUUUCCGAAUUGACUGAAACAAAAUAAAUUGGAUGAAUAUUUAUUUUGUAUUACCAAUAGUACGUAUUAUUAGUAAUAGAUAUCGGAUAAUUACAGAAUCUUAGAAUUAAACGAUACUUGACUUUUUUCGUUUAACCAUCCUUUUUGUCCGUCACAUCGAAGUUAUUAUCCAUGAAGGUGCUCGAGCAAGGGACAAAAUCGAAUUAAACGUAAGAAAGGAAACUUCGUGAUACGCGAAAAAGAGAGAAGUAUAAAAUAUACUCAUUAAAAAUCAUCCAUGAAUGUUACUUUGGACGGUGAAGAAAAUUAGAAUAAAGGAGAACGAAGAAACAUGAUUUCUAUUACCCAUAUCAAAUUAAGGGUUAGUUUAUAAAGAAAAAAAUAUAACAAAAAAAAAAAAAAAAAUAGAAAAUAUAAAAAAAAUAGUAAUAAUAAAGAAAUAGAAACUAAUCUCGUACUCACCAUGAAUGACGUAUCGAAAUAGUUUUCAUUGGUUCUAAUAAUAAAAAACGACGAUGGAUGCCUUUUGUCUAUGGAACGAUUACGAGGUUGGUAUUUCAAUGCGAUUAUCAAGAAAUACAAAAAUUAUUGCAUACUAUCAGAGAAAGUUAUAUUCUCUAAGUGCUUAUUAAAUAUAUAUUACUUCACAUGGUCGAAUGAUUCAAUUGAUUUAUAAAACAUGAUGAUUUAAAAUGUAUAGAAGGCAGCUUGAGAGUUUUCAUUGUCCUCUUAACUGCUAUCACCUUUACCAAUCGAGGCCAAUAUAUUAUCUUUUAAUGAUUUUGAGCAUUUUCUUUCCAUUAUUUUCGGAAAAUGAAAGGAACAGGGAAAAUGGAACGACAACGAUAUAGAAAAGAAAACGAAACUUGUUGUUUUCUCUUUUCCCUUUUUUUCUCUUUUCUUUAUAUUUAAAGAAAUUUGACGAAUAAGCGAACGAUAAGCGAAAAUAGAAAAAGAAUCACACAUAUAUGCGCAAAUACAAAUACACAACAUAAAAUGAUUAAACGAUCCCAUAGAAUGGAUCAUCUCGUCGAUAAAUAUAUGUAUAAUACGCGAUUCUUUUAUUGACGACACUGCAUUGCUUCCCUUGACAAAGGCUCAUGUAUUCAUUAUAUAGUUAUAUUUGCAAUCAUUUCUUAUAUAUAUAUAUAUAUAUAUAUAUAUAGGUAUAUAUACAAAAGCAAAAACUGGAAAAAAAGAAAAAAAUAUUUAAAUAUUGUUGGCAAGUGCGAUGAAUGACUGCGUGGAACAUUAUCGACAGGAGGAAAACGAUUUAACUCGAUAUAUAAUAAAUGAUUAUAAAUGGAAAAAAAAGAAAUAUGUAUAUUUCUUUUCAAUAUUGGAAUAACUAUAAUAUAUGUGGGGGAAAGAAAACAGAUUUAUUAUUCUGUCUUUCUUAUUCUGUUGAUUAUAUUCUAUUUUACUUCUUUUUUCUUUCCCCCUCAUUUUUCUUCCGUUAAUGAUUAUUAUAAUUAUUAUUAUUAUUAUUGCUAUUAUGAUAAUUAUUAUUAUUCUUUAUUAUUAUUAUUAUUAUUAUUAUUAAUGUUAUUACAUAAAUAUAAUCAUUCGAUUAUGUUAUCCUCGAGUGUUAGACUGGGAUGUGCAAUGUUGCGACGGUUCAAAAUCAAUAUUUAUCUCCAAGUAUAAUUAAAUUGUUAAAAAAUUUAAAAAAAAUCGUAUUUUUUGUAAGCGGGGAACAUUUUUCGUCUAAAUGUUGACUACACGAAAAAUGUUGCGAAUUAUCAAUUUUAAAUUGGCAUAUUUUUAUCAAUGUCAGUAGCUGAUCCUGAAUUUAUAUAGAAGAUUUAUAAUUAAAAGUAUUAACAAUUAAAUAAUACGAAAAAUUCAUUCGCAUAUUUAAAAAACAUAAUGCGUAUCAAUUAUCUGAAUUUGAUUUAGCCGAUUAUUUGUGUUGUGUAAACGCAAAACAAAUAUAUAAAUCAAAUAAUUGUUCAUGAAAUCAUAUCAUAUGCAAAAUUUUAAUCAAACUAUAGUAAACAUCUAGAUAACGUGUGCCUGUUGCCUUAUAAAGAACAUAUAUAAAUUAUUUUAGCAACACAAUGUCCCAUAAUAAGUCAUGAGUGUUCUAAAAUAUUUCACAAAGUUAUUAGGGGAUUGUUCAUUAAAAUAUAAAUUUAUCAUUUAAUAUAUAUAUAUUUUUUAAAUAUUCAAAUUUUAUUGAAUAAAAUUAUACUAAUGAAGUUUUUCAUUUCUAUAAUAUAUACAUAUAUAAUCCCCUAAUUAUUUCAAUUAAUAUAUUCACUAUAGCAUAAAGAAAUUUUCGUUUAAAAUAAUAAAAAAAAUUUUAGAUCUAAGAUUUAAUUGUGAUGUUAAGGUUAUGUUUUCAACUACUACUGAAAUAUUUUCACGAAACGAAUUAAAUGUUAUAUCUAAUGCCUAAUUAAUAUCUAAAAAGAUAUAUGUUGCAACACAACCGAAUCCAUGGUUAUUUUCUGUAAAUAUAAUUAUUAUACGUAGAUCUUUUUAUACGUGUUCCAAAACGUGGUAUGAUCGUUGACGAAAUACUAUAUAGUUAAAAUAAUAAAGUAUACCGGUGGAAAAAGAAUGAGAAGUAGGGGAAAAAAGAGAGAAAAAGAUAAUUUCUUUUCUAUAGUGGACUCUUUGGUUUGUGGUUAUUGGCGAGAGGCACACACAGAACCGAAACGCUAUUGCGCGAAACAAUUUCCUCCGUUUCUUGCUACGAUUCUGUUUCACGCAUAGUUCCGGCCGUUUCCCCGCGUGCUUUUGUUUUAUUCGAGAACAAAAGAAAAAAAAAGAAAACAUAAGAACCGUGUGUGUUAAAUAUGUACGUGUGAAAAUAUUGUAUGAAGAAAAAAAUUAUAAAGAUGCUACUCGGAACAUGAAAAAAAAAAGAAACAAGAAGAGGUUAGAAUGGAAACUUAUGAGCAUGAUGAAAAUACAAUUAAUAUGUAAAAAGAAUGAUGAUAUUCACUUUGUUGAACGAAGAAGAAAAAAGUGUGAGUAAGUCGAUGGUUUUUACAAUAAGAUCAAGCUACGAUAUACAUAUGUAAUAAUUAAAUACAUAUUGUGUUUUUUCUUGUAUGACGACUACUGCUUGACAAUUCAUACGACGACGAUUAUGGUGACGACUACACAAGAAUGUAAACGGACUGACAACGGGUGGAGGACUAUGCGCAGUGCAGUAUCACAUGUUAAUGUUCAUCGCGCAUGUACUUACCGGUGAAAACGACAUGGCAGGUGUUUCGAUUGCUUCUUAUUGUUGACUAUUUUUAAUAGAUAAGAAAUUAACUACGAUUAUUCUGAAGGACAAUGAUAACGCAUAUGUUAGAUAAUAAUUUAUAAAAUUAUUUAUUUUAAUUUAUUUUAAUUAAUUACCAAAAUUAUUGUGCAACAUGUCGAACGCACGCGAAGCAGAGGUACAAAAUCUCAAGGAACGCGGAAAUGCGUGUGUAAAAGAACAAAAAUACGAAGAAGCUAUGUUUCAUUAUACUCAUGCUAUUAAACUAGAUCCACAGAAUUAUUCCUUGUAUAGUAAUCGAUCAUAUGCAUUUUUAAAAUUACAACAAUAUCAUUUUGCAAUGGAAGAUGCAUUAAUGACAAUUCAAUUAAAACCUGAUUGGACCAAGGGUUAUUUUAGAAAAGCUGAAGUAGAAUCACAAACAUUUCGCUUCAGUGAAGCACUUCAAUCUUACAAUAAAGCUUUAUCUCUUCAACCAAAUGAACCAACAAUUUUAGAGGCAAUGAAUAGAGUGUCCCGAUUAUUAAUUAAAGACAAACGAGCUGAUCAACAAAUACCCUGGCUUGGAGCUGGUGUUGGUAUUAUACUUGGUGUAAUAGUUGUAAUUGCAGAUUAUGUUUUUACAAAUAAACCUACAUUAACGAUGCAACAUCCUCUUUUGAUGGCCUUAUUGACAAUGUCUAUAGCAAUGUUGGGUUUUGGCAUUGCAAAAGGAUUCCGUUAUUUCAUAAAAUGUCAAAGAAAAUCACUUUUAGAACCUCCAGUGGAUCUUUUUGGUGAUAACAAAGAAGAAUUUGAUGAUAUUGAAACUGAAAUGAAUAAUGAAAAAGAAAAACAUCCCAAAUAUAGUAAAGCACAAGCAAGACAAAGAUUCAAGAAAGGAAAAUCGUAGUGUGCUUUGAUAUUAAUGAUAUACAUGCAUUUUUAUGUAAAUUUUAACAUCACUUUUUAGCAUCUCAGGAAAGCACUGAUUACUUAUAAUCAAUGUUAUUAGAUAACAUAAACAACAAAAAAUUAUAUUGGUAUUUAUAUUUUAUACUUCUGUUAUUGUUAAAUAAUGUUAAAGUACUGAAAACGUGCCAGAAUUUCUGUAUUUCUUUAUAUUUUAUGUUUAAAAAAUUUUUAUAUCAAAUAUUUCCUACUUAAUAAUUGAAUCCAUUUCUAAAAAUAUAAUAUUUUAAUCAUUUUGAGAUAUAGAAAUAAGCAAUGAUAAUAUAAUUAUUGGUAAGUUAUGUAGUACAAAUAUUUUUAAAUUCCAAAUUAUAAAAAAAAUUUUAUUUGUUAUAUAUAAAUUAUAUAAAUAUUUAAAAACAUGAAAUAUUUCAAUUUUUACAAAAAGUAGUAAAAAAUUAUUUGUCAUUUACACUUUGAUAUAGUCAUAUUGUAGGAUCAAAUAAUUUAAAUAUUACCUUUAUAUGACUCAUACAACGAAUAUCUUAUCUUUGACAUCAAAAGAGCGCGAGUACACUCAAUUUUUUGCACUUUUCAUCAUCACUAAUAAACAUAAGAGAAUUUUAAGUAAAUAUAAUCAAUUGCAGAAGAA